AUGGGCUCAAUCACAUCUGGCCACCCAGGAAGUGUCAACACCCGGAACAAAGCCAUUCUCAGCAUCUUCGCUGUAAUGGCCGGCAGUUGGAUGCUCUUCCGCGCUCAAUCGCCGAAUAAAGAUGACGUGCUGUUGUCAAAGGCGGAUGUUGAUACUACGUUGAAGGGACAGACGACUAGGGGGAAGUCGGGAAGGUCCAUGGCGCACCAAGAUCAAGAUUGA